AUAUAGCAAGCGGCGAGGCCAAAGCUUGGCGAGUGCUGCUGUGGCUGCUUCAUCGUCUCUCCUUCUUCCGGGGGUUACCAUGUUAGUCUCGCCGGCUCCCCACCUGGUUCGCAGCCUUUCCUUCGCGGCCUCUCGCCUCGUGCCGCCGUCUCCCGCCGCUUCGUUCGCCGUCUCCCGCGUGCAACCUUUCCUCUUCGUUCGUCGCUCCCUACGAGUCAGAGCCAUAACUAGUACCGCUGGAGAUGUAGCAGAGUUCGAGGAGAUGGCUUCUGGCACUAAGAGGAAGUACUACAUGCUUGGAGGUAAAGGUGGUGUUGGGAAGACGAGCUGUGCAGCAUCCCUUGCUGUUAAGUUUGCAAAUCAUGGUCAUCCCACCAUAGUUGUCUCGACAGAUCCUGCUCACUCCUUAAGUGACUCGUUUGCACAGGAUUUGAGCGGAGGAACACUGGUACCUGUGGAUGGGCUGGAUGCCCCAUUGUUUGCACUGGAAAUAAAUCCUGAGAAAGCAAGGGAGGAAUUUCGUAGUGCAAGUCAAAAGAGUGGAGGUACAGGGGUCAAAGAUUUCAUGGACAGUAUGGGUCUUGGAAUGCUUGUUGAACAGCUAGGAGAGCUAAAACUAGGAGAAUUGCUGGACACACCUCCUCCUGGACUAGAUGAAGCUAUUGCAAUUUCAAAGGUCAUGCAAUUUGUUGAAGCACAGGAGUACAAUAUGUUCAGCCGUAUUGUCUUUGAUACUGCUCCAACAGGUCAUACUCUUAGACUAUUAUCAUUGCCAGACUUCCUGGAUGCUUCAAUUGGCAAGAUCUUGAAGCUGAAACAGAAGUUAGCUUCAGCAACAUCGGCCAUUAAAUCUGUUUUUGGACAAGAAGAACCAAAACAAGAUGCUUCUGAUAAACUAGAGCAACUAAGGGAGAGGAUGGUCAAAGUGAGGGAGCUUUUCCGUGAUGCAGAAUCAACUGAAUUCGUUAUUGUUACAAUUCCAACUGUAAUGGCUGUUAGUGAGUCGUCAAGACUGCAUUCUUCCUUGAAGAAAGAAAAUGUGCCUGUAAAGAGGCUCAUCGUUAAUCAGGUUCUACCACCAUCUUCAAGUGACUGCAAGUUUUGUGCAAUGAAAAGGAAGGAUCAAAUGCGAGCCCUUGAAAUGAUCCAAAAUGAUGCAGAGCUCAUGGGCUUGAAGUUAAUCCAAGCACCACUGGUUGAUGUAGAAAUUAGAGGAGUUCCUGCCCUAAGAUUCAUGGGAGACAUUGUCUGGAAGUGACAUUGUCUUGAACCGAAAGCCACAUGAAGAUCGACAUCUUGCAAGAGGCAAAGACCUGAAACUCUGAUAGCAUAGUAUCUGCUGCAUGGCAAGUAGUCGAUAGGCUUCGUAUCUGAUCGGGGUUUCAAAGCAGGUUAUUUAUGGAGCAGUUGGAAGCAAAAUGUUGCAUGCUGACUUUAUCCAACCCCUCUUUUUUCCCCCCUUUCAUUCAUGAGACAAAUAUAUGAGAACAACUGUCUUCAAGGUGUAUUAUUUCCACUUCUGAUGCUUGCAAUGGUGAAGAUGAGUUGCCUGUACUGAUU